UCCACCCUGGAGCGACUGAAGGGCCGUCGUCUUCAGUACUCAUUUUAGCAAGCUGAGGUGCGGACGCCACCCGACAUAUACCGCCCGUGAAGAGUUUACAGUAGCACGUGUCUAUUAGGCAAUGAACGUGUGUGACAAAUAAAGUGUUAUGCACGUUUUAAUGAAUACUUUCAAAUGUUGUAAAGGAAAACUUACCUUGAAAAGUUUUGUGGAAGUUUGUGUGAAAUAAAAGUCUAUAGGAACAUUGAACAAAGGACUUAAUUUUUUGCGCCGGAACCAGAAUAUUUUUGUAUCGAGCGUUAAAAUGUGGGAAGGGGGUAAAGAAAGUGUACUUACAUAAUCUACAGAUUUUUUUUGGAUGGGACCAGCAGCGACGUAACCAGAAUCAUGUUGGCAACAAAACAGCUAAUAGUCUCAAAUAUUGAGCCAAGCAUCUGGGUCACCUCAAACAGAAGCAACGACAAUACUCCAGUACACACUAAAGAAUUGUUUUCUAACGUUUCGACGAUAAACAACAGUAACCCUUUAAACGACGAUGAAUACAUUUUUGAUAGAACGGACAUCAGAGCUAUAUUCAUUGCUCUGUAUACGAUAGUAUUUUGCUGUUGUUUUUUUGGUAACCUGUUAGUGAUUCUUGUGGUGACCCUGUCAAGGCGGUUGAGGUCUAUCACCAACUUUUUUUUGGCUAAUCUGGCUGUCGCAGAUUUAUGCGUCGGAGUGUUCUGUGUCUUCCAAAAUCUGACGAUAUAUCUCAUACCUAGCUGGGUGUUUGGAGACUUUUUGUGCAAAAUGUACCAGUUUGUACAUUCGCUAAGUUACACAGCGUCUAUAUUUAUCUUGGUUGUGAUAUGUACUGAACGAUAUUUUGCUAUCAUACACCCUAUAACCUGCAAGCAAAUCCUCACGUCUUCCAGACUUAGGAUGGUUAUAAUGGGCGUAUGGAUAACGAGCGCAGCGUACAGCGCGCCCAAGUUUAUAUGGGUUGAAACAAUAACGUACAACCUCGAUAAUGGGCACAUGGAGACAAUAUGCAUACAGCACCUGAAAAAAUACAACUCCGAAAUAUUCGAUUUGGUGAAUUUCGGAUUUCUGUACGUGACGCCGUUAUGUGUGAUGACGGUUUUAUACACACGGAUAGCAGUGGGGUUGUGGCAGAGCUCGCACGGGCUGCAGCACUUGGGCCGCGUGCAGUGCUGCGCGGCGCCCUCCCCGCGCCCCGAGAAGCAGCCGCUCGGCUACGAGCCGCAGCGCACCUUUGUCGGCAAUAAGGAAGCAAAGCGAGCGAUGAAGGCGCUUAAAGCCGGUCGUGAUCCGGAGUCCCGCAACUGCCACCACCUGAGUCACCUGUCGCGCAACGUGCUGCGCGCGCGGCGCGGCGUCGUGCGCAUGCUUAUCGUGGUGGUGCUCGCCUUCGCCAUCUGCAACCUGCCCUUCCACGCGCGCAAGAUGUGGCAGCGAUGGUCCAGCGGCUACCACGGCACCGGCAACUUCAGCACACUCUUCACACCGCUCACCUUCCUAAUAACUUACUUCAACUCUGGCAUCAACCCGCUCCUCUACGCUUUCCUAUCCAAAAACUUCAGGAAAGGCAUGAGGGAGCUCGUAUUCUGCAAUUUUCGCGGGAAAAAGAAGAGCGACAAUUUAAUAUUGCUAAAUCCGGUGGGAGUCGGCCUGCGGCGAAGCUCGACGCGGUCCACUCGCGCCAACUGCAGUACUGUCACGGUGGCACCCAACGGAGACUCAUGAAACUUCCGACGCCGGAGAUUUCUUUACAAAGUCGAAGAUAUAGACAUUUCUUGAUUAACGGAAAGCACUGAUGAAGUGACCGACAGCAGUGGUCUUUACACUAUCUCUACCAUCUCCAAACGAGAUCUAUACGACUAGUAAAGAACUCUUCUACAUAAUUGGACUCUUUAACUCUAGUGUACCUACUUGUAGUGAAGUCGUUAAUUUACGUUAGAUAAUGUUAAAUGUUAUGCCAUAAAGUGAUCUCCUGAGCUUAAAUGAGUACAUAUUUAUGUUUAAUAUAAUUAGUACCUAAUUAAUGUCAUACUAAUUGAUAAGUUGUACCUACCAAAAAGCCAACAUAUCGUGUCCGUGUAUAAUAUAAGAUCUAUGAUAAGCAGAGUGCGCAAAAUAACUUAUAGUUCAAAUGUAUGGGGCGCAUAAACUUCAACACACGAAGCAAGACAGUAGUUAAUUUGUAUGUUGACCAAAGAGAACUUCGAUAUUUGGAUUGAAGUUAUGUGCCAAACAAAUCAUAGAUAGAUAACUUGUUUUUAAUCGAAUCAUGUGUUCUGUGUAGGUAUUUUACGUGUAUUAUAUGUAUCACUAUAAAUAUGAAAAUUAAAGUCGUUC